GAUACACGCAACAUGAUACCGCAACAUCCACGGCUCACUCAACUGCAUAAUUAACAUACGCAGUGCCUUGCGCACUCACCAACGCCCAUCAUGGCCACACCAACGCCCAAAGACAAAGAAACGCCCUCGCGACACCUCAAUGCCUUCUCCUCGCCCGCCCCACGCAGCGUCCCUCCCUCCGGCAAUAUCAACAUGAUGUCGUACGACUCGCCCGCGGUGCUUAAUAUGCUCAACGACGUCGCGAGCUCGGGCAUGGGAGGUGUGGGCAUGGGUAUCACCAUGAGCGGGCUGGGCAUGUCCAGUUUGGGCAUGAGCGCAAGUGCCAUGGGACGCGCCGACGAAGCAGAGCGAAGCCGCAGACUGCGCGAAAUUAUAGACAUCAUCGGCAAGAAGCCCGGACGCGUCAGCGAGCAGGGACUGCUUGCGCUGUGCAAGAAGAUGGGCAUCCCGUGCGAGAAGCACAUGGACGAAGCAGGCACCUGGAGUCUCUUGAUCGGAGACGAGGCGCUGUGCGACGUCACCUUCAAGAACGACGAGAUUGUUAGUGUCAAUCUCCAGACUGGCCUGGACGAAUCGAGAUCCGACCUCAACUUCGGCGCGACAGGCUCUGAGAUUCUUGUGCGAAGCCUGAAACCUCUUCCCGGCCAGAGCAAGCUGAACGUCACGCUCGAGCGCUUCUCAGAGAGCUUGGAGAAGCUGCUGACGCUCGACAAGCUGGGCUCCCCGCAGAACGGCGGAGUUAGUUGCUACAAUGCGAUUGCGGGAGUCUACACGAGCCUCCGGAAACUAUUCGAACAUGAAAAGAAGACGGAGCUCGCAAACAGGAAGCCGGACGAGCGGUUUAGGACAUACAGGGCCGAGCGCGAAGUGCUGUGCAAGAAGAGCGGACGACCCAGGCUCAAUGGCGGAUCGUGUCUCGGUCUGAGUUUGGAAUACUGGAUGGAUGGACGGGCGCAUAUAGACCCGCCGACUGAGUCUGCCUCGUACCCGGAAGACCAUCGCUGGAGUCGCAACAAGAUGUACUCACUGACCAUCGAAUGCGAAUCUUCGCCCUCCACCCUCUACACUCCCAUACGUAUCUCCGACGACUGGAUCAGCGACGCUGUGGAGAAGUCAGCCGACGCAGACGCAAAUGUCUCCCUAGACAAUAUGCUGAUGAACACAUCCUCAAUAGACUGGCUUGACCCCAAGCCGACCUACCUCGAAGCCCCUGAGCAAACCGACGAUGCUAUGAACCUAGACUCCGCAGCUGGAAGACUCCCCAACGUACGCUUUGUCGCGAAGUUCAAUCCCCCCCUCGUCGUACCGCUCGCUGUGCACAUGCAGCUCUACCAGAUCGUUGGCAUUGAGCCUCGCACCGACGACUUCCGACCUACAACAUUCGCCGGCCUAGCUCUGAGGCCAGGCGAGGUAGAUCCAGGCAUGUCCAACACAACAGGCGACCGCACUCACGAGAUACGCAGCUCGCGGACAGUUCUAGUGCAAGACGCAUCCGGAGGCGAUUCGGACAGGCGACACGACAUGAGUCUCUACAUACCCAAGCUAGAGUACAGCCGCACGCUCGAAAGCCUCCCCUUCAGCCAUCCGAAGCAACUCGUCGAGAUGCUGCCCGUGCUAAGACAGUACGCGCAUGUCACAUCUCUCAUACGAGACUGCUUCUACCUCGCACCUGAAAAGCCUAUUCCGACCCACAAGCUCGGCAAGCAUCCCACAACAACAGCUCCACCGCAGACGUCCGCGCAGGGAGAACUACCUCCUGUCCAACUCGACGUUACUCUAAGCUAUAACCCGCCUACACCACGCUUCACCCUGCACGUACCCCACCCUGAUGCUACAACAUCUUCACCCGACGUAUCAGACCUCCUUUCUGGUCUCCUCUCUGACACAUCGACACCGAAAAAAUACCACGCACCCCUCGCCGUAACAAUCGACAUCCACACCAACGGCGAGCUAGUCGCCAUGGAGCAAAACAUUCACGCACACCACGACAGCUUAGAACAACCACAGGCUCAAGCAGAGUUCUUUGAUAAGAAAAUGAAGAUACUGGCUAAAGUACUAGACGCCGCGGAUGAUCUGGGUGUCUGGGCAGAGUGGCUCAGGCAAGAGGCCGUCCGCAGUGCGAGGAAGGAUUAGGAAGACUUUCUGUAUGGACCUGAACCAGAGGUUGAUUUGAUGGAAGAGGAGAGGGAGGGGUGGCUGGCUUGGGCGAGGAGUAAUGGCUGGGAUGGGGAGAAGUGGAAGUGACGGGUAGGAGAUGAGAUGUGGGAUAUAAGGUUGAUGGGUGAUGUGGUGGGAUGGAGAUG